AUCCAACCAAAGUUGAGAGUAUUCAACCAAAGUGCAAAGUUGAAGUGUCUGAUACAAGGUUUGAGCGCAACCAAGAAGUGAAAAAUGUUUCUCCAGCUUUACCUCCUCUUCAUCACGGUGGCUGCUGUUAGUAGUCAGACAACACUGAAUUGUGCCGGCUUCCUCAGAUUACCAGACUCCAAUGACAUCGCUGUUGAUUGUGGAACAAGCUCCAUUAGUCUAACCAUACAGAUCUGCCCAGCUAUCUAUGCCGGCUACAACGAGACGUCACUUUUUCUCAACAGCAUUACUAAUGACCCAAACUGCAAAGGCACAUUGGAUAAUACAGUUGUUCCCCCUUUGCUACGCUUCACCUUUCCCAUUGGUACAAACAACAGCUGUGGCAGCAACCUCAAUACCACUAGUGCAGCAGGCACCGGAAUAUUUGCAGACUUUUCCAACAUUCAGUCACUAAAUAUCAGUGGCAUGGUGCGUUCCUAUGACACUUCAAUGAGUGUGGUGACCUACAACACUGACCUGAAAUACUUUUAUUCGUGUGCCUAUCCUUUGGAGUACCUGAUCAAUAACACAAGACUUGAUGUGUCAUCUUCUGCCAUUGCUGUGAAGGACAGAAAUGGGAGUUUCAUCAGCACACUCAGCCUCAAGCUGUUCAGCGAUGCAAAUUAUUCCACGCCUCUAGUAAUUCCCACUCAGGGAAUUCAACUGAAGUCAAAUGUGUUUGUUAUGGUCCAAGCCACCAACCUCACUUCUCAGUACUACGUGCUGCUGGACAGGUGCUAUGCUUCUGUGUCCCGUUACCCAACCAGCGCUACCUACUAUAACCUAUUUGUUGGGUGCACAAAGGAUCAGAUGACCAAUGUCACGGAGAACGGUAUGAGUCAGACCGCUCGCUUUUACUUCCCAGCCUUCCGAUUUACAGAGCAACAAAACCAAACUGUCUCUAGCUAUUACCUGCACUGCAUCACAAGGCUGUGUGAGAGCUCAGCCUGUGUUAACUUUAGGACAUGUGCUGCAGGCAGAAGGAGAAGAGAUUUGCAUCCUACAGCUUUACCCCAAGAUGGAAUCACAGACCCCACUGUUCUCACCUCACCCGCCAUCAUUACCAAAUCUGACAUCAACGCGGCCUCAGGAACAAAAGAUGUGCAAGUAUCAUCCAGUAAAGCUGCUUCAGACUCCUCUGUAGGCCUGGGUGUGACUGUAGGCAUACUGGCAUUUGCCUGUGUUGGAAUUAUAGUUAUAGGUGCUAUAUUCUACAAGAAGCUCAUGAUUUCUGGGGUCUCCAAAAUCCUUCGUUAAAUGGACUGAAGUGAUCUUUCUCCAGAACUCUAACUGUAUCUUCUGUUAUUCCUGCUCACAUUUCCUUAAUGCAAUUUUCUUUUAUAUUUUGAGAAAAGAAAAAUAACUCUGCACAAUGGAUAUAAUUUAGCAUAGCACUAAAUUAGAAGUUAUUUCAAUUUACACACAUUGUUUUGUUUAUUGAAACAAAGCCAUUUUGUAAAACGUAUGGACAACGCCUAAUAUAAAACAACACAUUACUGUAUAAAACCUACACAUAAACGUAAAUCAAAGCUAU